AUGCCCAGUGAGACCGAGAAUAGUAAGGCAAAAAGGCUUAAAGAAUUACUAAACACAUAUCAAUUGUCUCAACUUAUUAAAAAGCCUACUAGAACAACAGAAUCAACGAAGACGCUCUUAGAUUUAAUAAUUUGUAAAACUGACGACCCAAAAACCGCUACAACGGACGUUGUUGAGCUAGGUAUAAGCGACCACAACCUAGUCUAUACUUGUAGAAAGGUCGGAAUAUGUAAACAAAAACCCAAAAUUAUUGAAACAAGGCAAUACCAUAAACUAAAUAAUGCGAAAUUCCAAAACGAUUUAAAACAAGCUUUACUACAUAUUAAUGAACAUUCAGAUCCAAAUACGGCCCUACAGGAAUGGAACAGAAUUUUUCUACUGAUAGCUGAUAUAAAUGCUCCUAUACGAUUGAGAAAA